AUGUCCCAACGACAGCAGCAACAACAGAGUGCACCGGCACCGUCUCAGACCCAGACGGAGCAGGCGACGAAAGCCCCUGAGCCCGAGGCGAGCACACCGGCGCCGCGAGUUCUUCGUCUGCGCGGUGCGAACCAAUCCAAUGGCCGAGCGGUGCAGUGGGCCGAGGACGUGGUAGACAACGAGGGCCUCGGGCGGAAGAGUUCCAAAGUAUGCUGCAUCUACCACCGACCCAAGGCAGUAGGCGAGUCGAGCGACGAGUCCUCGUCAGACUCAUCCGACUCUGAUUCCGACUCCGACGCCCAGCCCGACGGUGCGCGACCAGCGGGCGACAAGGGACGAGACUGCGGACAUGGUCAUAACCACGAUCACCGACGAGGACGGAAGAGCGAGAAGGGAAAGGAAAAGAGAGCACCGAGCCCGAAUGCUUACGAGAAGGUGCCCAAGCCUAAACCAAGAGAUGGGGCUGGGGGGACCAAGUCUUAG